UCAUUUGGCCACACGUACCGUAACAUUAAAGAAAAAAGUCGUUUCACUUGAAUUUGAGUCGAAAACUGCCGAGCCGGCCGAAGUGGCCGUGCGGUUAAAGGCGCUGCAGUCUGGAACCGCAAGACCGCUACGGUCGCAGGUUCGAAUCCUGCCUCGGGCAUGGAUGUUUGUGAUGUCCUUAGGUUAGUUAGGUUUAACUAGUUCUAAGUUCUAGGGGACUAAUGACCUCAGCAGUUGAGUCCCAUAGUGCUCAGAACCAUUUGAACCAUUUUUGAACUGCCGAGUUUCGUGGUAUGAAAGAGUCGAGAAUCGCGAAUUGAUAUCACAGCAAGCCGCAAUGGAGAAGAUUUCUGGCAUCACGUACAAGCUGGAUGUUGACAGCCAGGAAAACAUGGAGGACCUUCUGUACGCCUACGGCAUCCACAACCUGGAGGUGAUCCGGAACGCGGUGACGCUGGACUCGACGUUCAUGCUGACGGUGGAGGGCGACCGCUUCACGCAGACCUCGCAGACGGGCGACUGGAAGGAGUCCUUCUCGUACCGGCUGGGCGAGCCCUUCGACCAGGUGGCGUACAACGGUGUCAAGAUCCGCAGCGUCAUCACGGCACUGGGCCCUACGACGCACUGCCACGUCCAGGACUACGAGGACGGCUUGCAGAUGAGAAUAGAGAAGUGCUUCAGCCCCGAGAAGCUCGUCCUGACUCUCACCCUCAAGGAUAUCGUCGCAAGGCGAGAAUACCUCGCUGUGAAUAAGUGACAUCCAGUUACUACAAUCUCAAGAACCUCUUGAAAUUGAAUUUUCUUGAAGACAUUUUAAGUUUUAAAAGCAGCAGACCUGAGUCCUCCAACACGGCUACUAUGACGUGGCGUGGUGUGAUUGGCUCACAAAGUCAGUGUGAUCUGUGCAAUGUGAUUGCAUCUCAACGUCUUUUGUUGUUAUGUGUUACACUAAGAAUGCUAAUCGGCAAGUGAGGUGGUCUACUCGAAGAUUAGUGCCUAAACGUCUGAAAGGAAGAACUGAACAUUAAUGAGCGGCGUACAGCUUCGGUCCUUCAUCGACGGAGCUAUCUUCGUUUAUCCAUUGUAAUUCACUGUGCUCGACAUCUGCAAUGACACAGACGCGUACACAACUGUUUCACCUGAGAGCCAGAACAACUGAUGCAACAUAGACGCUAGACUAAAAAUGUGCGUGAUGUCGAAUAGUCAUCAAAUAAUAAGUACUCGAUAAUGUUAAUCGAGUGUGAACGUUUAGUCUAACGUAAACUAAAAAAAUUACAAGGACAUUUGAACAAGGCUAUAGGAGUGCAAUAACAUUAUCAUACUGUGUAUACUCAGGCUCGCUGUGGUGAAAGUGGAACAUGAACUAUAUAGGGCUGAAUAAUGCUACUACCUCUGGUUCCGACGGCUUUGAACAAGAGAUGCAAUCAAAGUAAACAUCAUCACUGAAACGAAAUUAAUUGAGUCAGAACGUACUACUAUACGAAAUUAAACUAGGUGAAUUAGUUUACUACAUGAGCUAUCACAAACCAGUUGAUAACUUCAUUGAAAAUACUCUCUGUAAUGCGUGUUAUUACAGUACGAAUAGCAUGCUUCUAUGACACUUAUUGACAAUCA